UUUCUUUUCUUUCCUCUAUAGGUGUCUGCCUCCUCUGGUGCAACUGGCAAGUCUUCUAGUAUGAAUACCACAGGAACCAAGGCUGUGAAAACAGAGCCUGAGAAGAAGCCACAAUCAGCUAAGCCCCCAGUGGUUCAUGAGAAAAAAUCCCAAGAAGGAAAGCCAAAGGAGCACACAGAGUCAAAGAGGCUCCCCAGGCAUGCACCAGAUACAAGAAGCAAACAUGCUCAAAAUGAAAAAGCAGUUUCCAGAUCAAAUGAGCAGCUGACAUCAGAGAAAACAACAGAGCCAAAGACUAAAUCACAAGACACUACUUCUGCCAGUGGAGAAAGUGUCAUUGCUGGUGUAGCUGCAAUAUCUGACAAACCAGAUGGCAAGAAAAAAGAAAAGAAAUCGUUAACUCCAGCUGUGCCCGUUGCAGCCAAACCGGACAAACCAUCUGGGAAGUCAGGCAUGGAUUCUGCUUUGGAUGACUUGAUAGACACUUUAGGAGGACCUGAAGAAACUAAUGAAGAGAAUACAACGUAUACGGGACCAGUGGUUUCGGAUCCAAUGAGUUCUACCUACAUUGAGGAAUUGGGCAAAAGAGAAGUCACAAUUCCUCCAAAAUAUAGAGAACUAUUGGCUAAAAAGGAAGGAACCACAGGGCCUCCUCCAGACUCUUCGAAAUCCAUGGGGCCAGACGAUGCCAUCGAUGCCUUGUCAUCUGACUUUACCUGUAGUUCUCCUACCACUGGUGGAAAGAAAUCUGAGAAAGAGAAAUCUUCAGAAGUCUUAAAAGCUGAGUCAGCUAGGGUAAUCAGAAGUACUGCUCCACCCCAGGAGAAGAAAAGAAAGGUGGAAGAGGAUGCCAUGAGUGAUCAAGCACUUGAGGCUUUGUCAGCUUCACUGGGUACCCGGAAAUCAGACCCUGAGAUCGACCUCAGCUCCAUUAAGGAAGCCGAUGAGCCAAAAGCUAAAGAAGAAAAUCUAGAGAAGUGUGGUGAGGAUGAAGAAACAAUUCCAUCGGAGUACAGACUAAAACCAGUCACGGAUAAAGAUGGAAAACCACUGUUCCCAGAGCCUGAAGAAAAAUCCAAGCCCCUGAGUGAAUCAGAGCUCAUUGAUGAACUUUCGAAAGAUUUCAAUCAGUCUGAAUGUAAAGAAAAACAUUCCAAGCCAACUGAAAAAACAGAAAAAUCUAAGGCCACUGUCCCAGCUCCUGUAGCAGAGGUUGUGUCUCAGACCUCCAUGUGUAGUAUACAGUCAGCACCACCCAAGCCAACUUCCCUGGUGAGUGACUCCUUGGGCAUUGGCAAGUGUUGAAAAAGUUCUCUUCUUCCUCCCUUUACUUCCUGUUGU